UUUCGGACUCAGUGUGCAAUGACUUUCAGGCUGUUAAAACAGACUCAGGGCUCAUUCACACCAGGGUUAGGCCGAUAGAUGAUGCCAUCAUCCAUCGCCGAUGCUGACGGACAUCAAGAUGUUGAGUCGGCAUUGCAUUGAUUCCAUGUCAUUUGAACUAAACCACUGAUAUUCAAAUGGCAGACCAUGGUCGGCAUCCGGACCCCGGCAUGUUUCCAUCCGCAAGACAGAAUGGUAGCACCAUUUUACUGUUUCUAGUUGAAGUCAGCGGAUCACAUCACAAGCACUCAGGAUAAUUUGUGUUAAUGAUAUUUCAGCGCUAUAUCCUAGUAGUUUUAUCUAAAGCCAAAGAGCUUCAUUCAAGCCCCUCCAGCUCCCUGCGCGUUCUCUCUUUCUCCAGACGCACGCCACAUGUGCGUGUCCACUCGAGUAGGGCUCGCUGCUGCCUGCGGUGGACAUCCAACCGCGGCCACAUCCAAGUGUGAUGUCAGAAAUCCCGCCCGUUCCCAAUACAUCACCUUGUGACUCCUCACUAAACCACUUUACCAGAAAUCCCGCCCUGCAGGUAAUUUCAUUGGUUACAGUGAAGGGUAGGUUUAGGGAUCAGUGUUAGGUGUAGUCAAUCAGUACUGUGAUUGACAUGACCAAUAAAAUCUUAAGAAUCGCCUGCAAGGUGUCAUGGGCUUGGCUUCUGACAUCACACUUGGAUGUGGGCCAGGUUAGAUGUCCACCGCAGGCUGCAGCGAGACGCUUCUCUGUCCAUUGGCGCGGAGCAGAGCGAGCGUUUUUAAUUCAUUCCAAUGAAUUAAAUCCCAUCACCCCGAUGUUAUCGUCCAUCGGGAUGUUUCACUGUAGACAUCGUCCAAUGGCAAUUUGGUAGACAUCGUCCAACCCUAGUUCGUGUUUUUGCUUUGAAAAAAAGGUCUCAAGACACUUUUUUAAAAGUUGAACUGAUUUUAACUUGAGCGCCGCGUUUUUAGAUUGCCGUGUCGUGCACGAGAUGCUGCAAAAGACGCAAGAAGCGAGAGCAACGGUCAUUCACGUCCGUGUAACUCGUGUUUACAUAACAAUGGAAAAGUAGUGCAUUGGAAUGGAAAAAACACUUUCUGUGUAAACGGCCCUUUAGUGAGUGGAUAAGGUUAGCUGUUUGGUGUGAUGAUGUUUAAUGUCCCCAACAACCUCUGUAGUCCCAUUUAGCCACUUAGCAACUGCCUUUUUCAAGACAAGUGAAGCUUAAAAAAAAUCACAAGGGGGUAUUACUGAUGUAUUUUAUGUUGUAUAUAAAACAUGAUAAUAUCUUUAGCUUGUGUUAACCACACUCUAUUGUGAUCUACUCUGAUCCAAAUGACAGCUUACAAGAGGGCAUUUUCAGAGAUCAUUUGUGUGGUGAGGGAAAGCAAAACUUAUCCCAACAUUUGAAUAUGAGGUCCCUAAAACAGUUUGUAUAAUGUCAACAGGUUGAAUUCCCUGCAGACAUUUUAUUGAUUAACAUUAAUGAUGCAUUUUGAAAGUACUGAGUUGCUUUAUAAACACCAGUCCAUGGUAUUCAUUUCUAGCAUAAUUUAUAGCAUGUGCUCUCUUAACUCCAUUAAGAGCUUGUCCCAUUAGAAGUAUCUGAGGUUUUCACUAUGGCCUUCAACAAAACGUCUAAAUCUAAUAACCUCAGAGUCAAAAGAAAACCAAGCAAAUGAGGGCUGAGUGUCAUGCUAAUGGGAUUUUGGGUGUGGAAAUUACGGUUUACAAUGCUUAAAGCCAUUUCCUCUGUAAUGCAUGAUUCCUACCCUCAUUUACCAGCAUCUCUUCAUUGUCUGUACUGGCUCUCUCUGUUUUCAUCUCUCUCAAUGCCCAGUUGUCUCACAUGAAAGCAUAGCAGCAAUGUCACAGCUCUACUUUCGCAGAACGGAGAACUUCUCAUACAGGGACCGGAUCCCGCUGCGGAUAGUUCGAGCCGAGUCGGAGCUGUCACCGCUAGAGAAGGCCUACCUGUGCGCUGUGGAGAAAGGCGACUACGCCAGCGUCAAACAAUCACUGAUAGAAGCCGAGAUUUACUUCAAAAUCAACAUCAAUUGCAUCGACCCUCUGGGACGGACGGCUUUGUUGAUUGCCAUAGAGAAUGAGAAUCUGGAAAUCGUCGAGUUGCUGCUCAGCUUUGGCGUGUAUGUGGGGGAUGCGCUCUUACACGCCAUACGAAAGGAGGUGGUGGGGGCUGUGGAGUUGCUUUUGAACCAUAAAAAGCCCAGCAGGGGCAUGCAGGUGCCUCCUAUCCUGUUGGAUAAACAGUUCUCCGAUUUUACCCCUGACAUAACGCCCAUUAUUUUGGCUGCACACACAAACAACUAUGAGAUCAUCAAGAUGCUGGUUCAGAAGGGGGUGUCCGUGCCCCAGCCCCACCAGGUGCGUUGCAACUGCAUGGAAUGUGUGUCCGGCUCAGAUGUGGACAGCCUGCGACAUUCCCGAUCCCGUCUCAACAUCUACCGGGCCCUGGCCAGUCCCUCGCUCAUCGCCCUCUCCAGCGAGGACCCCUUCCUGACAGCUUUUCAGCUCAGCUGGGAGCUCCAGGAGCUCAGCAAGGUGGAGAAUGAAUUUAAGUCAGAGUACGAAGAGCUUUCCCAGCAGUGCAAGCAGUUCGCCAAAGAUCUGCUCGACCAAACGCGCAGCUCCAGAGAGCUCGAGUUGAUUCUGAACUACAAGGAUGAUGUGAAUCUCCUGGAGGAUGAAGGGAAUAAUGAUCUCGCCAGGCUGAAACUGGCUAUCAAGUACCAUCAGAAAGAGUUUGUAGCACAGCCAAACUGUCAGCAGCUGCUCGCAUCUCGCUGGUACGAUGAGUUCCCAGGCUGGAGACGCCGCCACUGGGGCAGCAAGUUUGUCACCUGUAUGUUCAUCGGAAUCCUCUUCCCUAUCUUUUCGCUGUUCUACUUGAUCGCCCCCAAGAGCCAUUACGGCCUCUUCAUCCGAAAACCCUUCAUCAAGUUUAUAUGCCACACUGCAUCUUAUCUGACCUUCCUCUUUCUCCUGCUAUUGGCCUCCCAACAUGUGGACUCCAAUAGUAAUACCACCGCUCUCACCGCUAUGGAUGUCUCAAGGCCCACCACUACCACUGUGGAAUGGAUGAUCCUACCCUGGGUUUUAGGCUUUGUAUGGGCUGAGAUCAAACAAAUGUGGGAUGGUGGCUUUCAGGAUUACAUUCAUGACUGGUGGAACCUCAUGGACUUUGUCAUGAAUUCUCUGUAUCUGGCCACCAUCUCAUUGAAGAUUGUCGCUCACUUUAAGUCCAAUGAUAAUCAGUGCCGGAAGGAUUGGAUGAUGUGGCACCCCACCUUGGUGGGAGAGGCCUUGUUCGCCAUUGCUAACAUAUUUAGCUCCCUACGACUGAUUUCACUUUUCACAGCCAACUCCCACCUGGGCCCUCUUCAGAUCUCGCUUGGCCGAAUGCUACUGGACAUCCUCAAGUUCCUUUUCAUUUACUGCCUGGUGCUGCUCUCCUUUGCAAAUGGACUCAAUCAACUGUAUUUUUAUUAUGAAACCAAUGGCACAAAAACAGAUAAUGACGUCUUAUGCAAGGGUAUCCGCUGCUCAGUGCAGAACAAUGCAUUCACCACUAUGUUUGAGACGCUGCAGUCAUUGUUCUGGUCCAUAUUUGGUCUCGUUUCCCUUUAUGUGACCAAUGUUGAAGCCGAACACGAGUUCACCGAGUUUGUUGGAGCCACAAUGUUUGGAACCUACAGCAUAAUCUCUCUGGUGGUGCUUCUUAAUAUGCUUAUUGCUAUGAUGAAUAAUUCCUACCAACAUAUUGCUGACCAUGCUGAUAUUGAGUGGAAGUUUGCCAGAACAAAACUUUGGAUGAGCUACUUCGAAGAGGGCGGCACGCUGCCUCCUCCCUUCAACAUCAUUCCAAGUCCAAAAUCAGCGUGGUACCUCAUCAGAUGGAUCAAGAGCCACUGCUUCAAAGUUCAACAAAAAAGAACAGAGACAUUUGGAUCACUUGGGAUAAGAGCUGCUGAAAACGUCCGCACAAACCGCCAGUACCAGGAGGUACUCAGAAACCUGGUUAAGCGGUAUGUGGCAGCAAUGAUCAGGGAUGCCAAAAAAGAAGAGGGGUUAACGGAGGAGAACUUUAAGGAACUUAAACAGGACAUCUCAAGCUUCCGUUACGAGGUGAUGGGAAUGAUGAAGGGCACUAAGAUUGGCACGUCGACCUCAAAAGGGAGCACAGGAGCCUCAAACCUAGUGCAUUCUGAUAACCCUCUGAAGUGCAAUUCUGCUUCAGCUGGAAGUCAACUGAAGGGCAAAAUGAGACUGCAGAGUGUCACCACCUCUAUAAUCCAGGAGGGCACAUCCAAGGCCGAUGCCUGGAAGCCUGGUGGCUUUAGCGGCCUAGAGGGUGGUUCUGUCCAAAACAAGACUGUUAGCCAUCAAAUGAACUGCAAAGGGCCAAACAACCCGGGAGAGAUAUACUCCGUGUCAGAGGAAGCUGAUGAAUCCGAGAGCGAAGAACAGGAUGAUAGUGAACACGGUGGAAACAUCAAUUGCAAUGCAGCAAAGAACAAAAACAAAGAAACAGAGAGGGACAGAGUAAAAAAAACUGAAGAAGAGGACGAUGAAAUGUCAUACAUGCGUAAAAUGUGUGACGAAGAAAUGAAUGAGACAAACAAAUAUGAAGGAAGCAGAUUAUAAUGGCAUUAAAACUCUGAAAAAGUGAUCACAUACCGAAUGCAGGAAAUCAAAGAGAAAGAUGCUGUUCUCCUGAACCUUUGCUCUAUCCUAGAAGCAGCUGUGGUGACAGUCCAGUGCAGGGCGCUGCAUCUGUAUGAUACGAAUAUCAAGAGUCAUUCUGGGUCUCAGGGAUGAUUGUCUCUUUUAGGAGAAUAUGGGGUCCGACGUUGUCAUUCACAGUGAUUUACACUCUGUCAAGUGUGUAAAUGCUCCUGUAGUUAAUCGCUGCUCUGCUCUCCUUUCUGUUGAAUCGUGUAUGAAGGAGCAAUGGCGGACACUUCGCUAUUCUAGACCUUUCAUUCUGCCUUACUCCAUUUGAUUUAGCAUUUUAUGCUAUCUGUGGUUCCACUGUAAAAGAUGUCAUUACCGUCAUGCAACCUAAUAUCUUUAAUAAAGUUUACUAUGCAAAUAUUUACAACUUUUAAAACUUUUUAGUCACAUCUUGCAUUGCGCAUGAGGCAAAUGUAUGACAGAAAUUACAGGUUGAAGGGUGUCUUUUAAUAAACGUGGAUGAACUUUCUCAUACCAACACUUGAUAAGUCCAAAGUAAACACUGCAUAUCUUAAAUGUACUGUAAAGUCAUGUUACAGUAAUCAUGUAUGUUUCAUCCUACUCUCAUUUGUAUUCAUAAUGAAGAAUAAAAAGGUACGGAGAACACGGUAUUAUUACAAUUUG